AUGCCGAGGACGAGGAGGCUGCGCGGCGGGUUCCGGCUCGGCCGCAAGCUGCUGACCGUGUGGCGGUGGGCGCUCUGCGGCCGGAGCCGGCGCCGGGGGGGCGGCUACCUCCGCCUCGACACGCCGUGCCCGAAGGAGGGCCGGGAGGCCAAGAAGCUGGCGCCCGUGCUGCGGUGGGGGCGGUCGCUGGCGCGGCUCCUCAGCCUCGGCCGGACGGACCGCGGCCGGCGAACGCUCGGCGGCGGCGGCGGCGAGGCGGUGAAGACCCCCAAGGGGCAGGUGGCGGUGUACGUCGGCGGCGGCGGGCCCGGGGAGCCGCUCCGGUACGUGGUGCCCGUGGUGUACUUCAACCACCCCAUGUUCGGGGAGCUGCUGCGGGAGGCCGAGGAGGCGUUCGGCUUCCAGCACCCCGGCGGCAUCACCAUCCCCUGCGCCGCCGCCAAGUUCGAGCGCGCCGCCGCCGUGGCCGCCGCCGGGAAGAAGGGGUUCGCCAGGUGGUAG